CGUUUCCUAAUAAUCCUUGUUUUUGUUCCCUUUGGGUUCGUGCUUCUUCGCUUACCUUUCUUCGUUCUUUCGUCUCUCAUCCUCUCUUCGGCAAGAGGGGAGGAUGUAUUCUUGAUCUUGCUGUGCUUGCUUGACCUGAGUUUGAGCCUGAGAUUUUGAUUUCCCCCCCUCCUUUCUGAUGGAAUUGGGCCAUAAUUGAGCCAAUCAAUCUCCGCAUUCUGAUCACGAUUGUUCAUAUGUGUUGCUAGUGGUUCACCAUCCGGCUCUUUGCUAUUAGUAGCAAAGGUCUCUUGAGAUCUUCUUUCCUAAGUGAUAACUGGGGGUAAAGCACUAGCCCAGAUGCAGGAAGAGAGAGCCAGUCUUGGCUCUUUAUCAGAGGCCUUGAACUUUGAGCAUGGUUCUACUUCGAGCAAUGCUGUGAUAGAUCAGCAGAUUCAUUGGGAGAAUAUUCACAGUCUUGGUGACAAUGACUUGCAUGGUUAUAUGAUUUCCUCUACCGAUACAAAUACUACAUUUCCAAACUCAGUUUAUCAUGGGCAACAGGAUUUACACAGGUUUAGCCUUGGUGAGGCUAGUAGCUCUAUUGUCAUGGAGAAUGAAGGUGCCAGUCACAAUGAGCAGAAACCAGAACUUGGGCGCUUUGAAGAACGAAAUAAUGAGAUUAUUGAUUUGAAUCCGUUGUCUGUGCAAUCUUCUAGUUCCAACAUAGCUAUGCAGAAUGUCAACCUGAAUGCAGAAUUCAUUGAACAUCCUGGGGAUAUGACUCAGAUAAUGGGCCAUCCUGCUUUUUUUGAUACUAAUGGACCAGGGACCAGGCUUUUGUCACCGGGCAGGGGUUUUGAAGAGACUAGUAGCAGAGCAGGCACUUCCCUUGAGGGUCGUCGCUCAUCCUGCAAAAGAAAAGCCCUUGAGGGUAGCAUUGGUCAAUCCUCUUCAAGUGGAGGGUUUCGUGAUUUCCAGCGUGGAGAAAGCAGUUCGUGGACUACAUCUCCGGCGAUUUAUAGCCCAGGAAGUGGUUUGAACAUAUCUGGUUCUUUUGACCAAAGUCCAAGGGGAUUGGUAUCUGGUGUCAUUCCAAAUUUUCCUGUUCCUGCCAUUGCAGAGAGCUCCAGUAGGAAUUUGUGUAUUGGGAUCAAUCCCUCAGAUCAACAAGAAACUGUAAACCCAUCUGUCUUUUCUGCAAGAAGUGUUGUCAGACGACCUGUUGCUCCAUCCUUGGCGAAUUCAUCGAGACUUCUGCCAGCGGAUCAACAUCGUUUAGGCCUGAGACAUGGACAUGCUUUAGGCAAUGUGGUUUCUCAGAAUCCAAAUGCACCUACCCUUCGAUUCCCACCUAUUUCAAGAAAUACUCUACCACCAUUCCGAUGGAGUGGUGGCCCAGUAUCAGGUGGAUCAUCUAGUUCUGUAGCACCUGUUGACAGAAAUGUCAUUCAACGAGAUGAAUCCAGGUCGAGGAGCAUAUCACGGAAUAUUCUAGAAAACCCCUUGUUUGUUCCAGCACCUGAUCUGAGAAAUCUUGCCCGUAGUCAGAUGAAUAGAAAUGUAACCAGUGGGAACCCAAACAUUGCAGGAAAUGUCCUGUCAUCUUCGUCCAGAACAGGCUCAAGUACAGGUGUUCAACCGUCUCCGUCUAUUCCAGCAUGGACUCCUUAUCGGAGUAAUUCUCAACACUAUCAAAGAAGAUUAUCCCAACUUGUCCGAAGGUCAUUGCUCUCUUCCCUUGCAGCGGAUGGUACGAACCGGAGAGCUGGUGACCAUCCAACCCUCCGUUCUAUGAUCCCUCCUGCUUCUCCGGAUGAGCUUUUGCUUCAGCCAGGAGGUGAUGAUAAUGGCAAUGCACAAAAUCAUGCAUACUCGAGAGCACCUCCAUUGUUCGAAAGGCAAGGUGAUGGAGUCAUCGGGAUUCCCCAUUCUUUGCGUGCGUUGACAUCUGCAAGUCGAGGAAGAAGCAGACAUGUGACUCCCGAGUUUCGCAAUGUCUUGGAUAUCAUGCGCAGGGGUGAGAACUUGCGGCUCGAGGAUGUUAUGUUUCUUGAUCAGUCGGUGCUUUUAGGCGUGGCUGAUAUUCAUGACCGAUAUAGAGAGAUGCGGCUUGAUGUUGACAACAUGUCUUAUGAGGAGUUGUUGGCUCUAGAAGAACGGAUCGGAGAUGUUUGUACAGGUCUGACCGAGGAAAUUAUAUCGAACCAUCUGAAGCAGCGGAAAUACAAAAGCACUAAUAAAUCAUCCCAGGAAACAGAACCAUGUUGUAUUUGCCAGGAAGAAUACAACGAAGGAGACGACAUGGGAACGCUGGAAUGUGGGCAUGAUUUUCAUAGCCAAUGCGUCAAAGAAUGGCUGAAAAGGAAAAAUCUUUGCCCAAUCUGCAAAACUACAGGCUUGAACACAUUGGACAACAAACUGACCUGAUGAUCCAAAACGCUCAAUGUAGAGCUUAUCAUUCAUUUAAAUCCUAAAGAAUCCGAAAAGGGAACGACAAAGAAGAAACCCUUCUUUCUCCGUCCAUUCAUUCUCCUAUCCAUUGCAGAAGCCUCACCAGAACAGCAAAGGCAAGUUUGUUUGGUUUCUUCUUUUCUUCUUUCGUUCAUUCGGGUUUGAAGGUGGUUGGAGUAUCAUGGCCGGGAUCGUGGUAGGGUUUUCCGAAAGAUUGGAUUUUGAUGGAAAAGAUCAAAAGGGAUCCAGAGGAGGAGAAGGAGAAGAGAAAAACCAGGUUCUUCUUGGAUUUGUUUGAAUGAUUUUAAUUUACCAAUCAGUUUUAUCAUGAAUACCCAGACCCAUAAAAGAACCAAGAAGAGUUUGUAUCCUAUUGGGAAUUAUAGAUUUAUGGAUAUCAUUUCAUUACAUUUGAGUUGAUGGAUCA